UUGUCAGCCCUAGAUGGAAAUAAAAGAGUGUUAGUAGAAGGUGUCAGAACAACGCACUAAUAUGUUCUGUAGAGAAACAUUGAAGAGCCCCUUUCAACGCCUUUCUCGGAGAAACCGUUAUGGCCAUUGCUCCCGCCACACCACCUGCCCUUUCCUUAUACCACGCAACAUCCAAACCACACCGUCGAACACGCCAGCGAGAACCCACGCGCACGUUAUCAAGACCGGAAUGAUUGCAGACACAUACACGGCCAACACCAUACUUGCGACGUACUCAAAGUGUGGGGUACUGAUCGAUGCUCGCAACCUGUUUGAGGAAAUUCCUCAAAGAGACACUGUCUCUUGGAAUUCGAUGAUCGCAGGUUACGUUAAUGGCGGGGAUUAUGAAGCAGCUUGGCUGCUUUUGAGGGCCAUGAGAAUGGGUGGAUUUGGGCUUGAUCAGUAUACGUUCGGGAGCACUCUUAAAGCCAUCGCAAGCGUGAAUUGUGUUGGUUUUGGCCGGCAAAUUCAUACGGUUGUUAUCAAGAUGGGUUUUGAACAAAAUGUAUUCUCAGGAAGUGCGCUUGUGGACAUGUAUGCAAAAUGCAGGAGGAUUGAAGAUGCGAGUGCUGUCUUCGAACGCAUGCCGGAUCGUAAUUCAGUGUCAUGGAAUGCCAUGAUCGCGGGGUGCGGUCUAGCGGAUGACUGUGCUAAUGCUUUCUUGCUUCUUAACCGCAUGGAAAGGAUCGGUAUGUGGCCCGACGAGGCCACGUUUGCCAGUGUCUUGACAUUGCUUGAUGGACCCAAGUUUUAUAAAUUAACAUCUCAGCUCCAUGCCAAGAUUAUUAAAAAUGGCCGGGCAUCUGACACCAUCGCCUGCAAUGCAACCAUCACGGCCUAUUCGGAAUGUGGGUCCAUUGACGAUGCUGUAGAGGCAUUCGAUGACAUGGAAGCCACUCGAGAUUUGGUAUCAUGGAAUUCCAUGCUGGCGGCUUAUGCAUGGCAUGAUCGUGGGGCCAAUGCCAUUGAGCUCUUCGUCAAAAUGAAAGAGCUCGGCAUUGAUCAAGAUAUGUAUACAUACACUAGUGCUAUAAGCGCUUGUUUCGAGCAAGAACAACAAAAUCAAGGAAAAUCCUUACAUGGGUUAGUAAUAAAAGCAGGAUUUGAGCAUACAAUCACUGUGGCAAAUUCAUUGAUUGCGAUGUAUCUCAAAUCGGAUGAUAAAUCCAUGGAAGACGCGAUAAAGUGCUUUGAUUCCAUGGACUCAAGAGACAAUGUCUCCUGCAACUCGAUCCUAACCGGGUUUUCACAAAACGGAUUGAGUGAAGAGGCCUUAAGGUUCUUUGGAAGGAUGAGAUCAUCCCAUCAGGAGAUUGAUCACUAUGCUUUUUCUGCGGUGCUGCGAUCAUGCUCGGAUUUAGCAGUCCUCCAAUUGGGUAGACAAGUUCAUGCCUUGGUUCUUAAAUUGGGCUUUGAGUCAAAUGAUUUCGUCGCUAGUUCCUUGAUAUUCAUGUAUUCCAAAUGUGGGGUCCUCGAAGAUUCGAGAAGAUCCUUUGAUGAAACACAACAAGACAGCUCAAUUACGUGGAAUUCGAUCAUUUUUGGAUAUGCUCAACAUGGGCUAGGUAAAACCUCUCUCGAUCUCUUCUCCCAAAUGCAACAAAGCAAGCUGAAACCUGAUCACAUAACAUUUGUUGGCAUUCUAUCUGCCUGUAGUCACGUUGGUUUAGUAGAAGAAGGCUUGAAUUUUCUAAGAUCAAUGGAACCCGUCCAUGGGAUCCCACUUCGUAUGGAACACUAUGCUUGUGGGGUUGAUAUUUUUGGUCGAGCUGGGCGUCUUGACGAGGCAAAAGCGCUGAUAGAAUCAAUGCCAUUCAAACCAGAUGCCAUGGUCUGGAAGACUCUAUUAGGUGCAUGUAGAAAUCAUGGAAAUAUUGAGAUGGCUAUUGAGAUAGCAAGGCUUUUGCUAGUACUUGAGCCUGAAGAGCACUCCACAUACGUUCUUCUCUCAAACAUGUACGCAGGCUUCGGAAGGUGGGGUGAACGAGCUAUGAUCAAGAGGGUGAUGAGGGAUAGAGGGCUGAGAAAGGUCCCUGGUUGGAGUUGGAUUGAAGUGAAGAACAAGGUCCACACAUUCAAUGCUGAAGAUAGGUCUCACCCACAAGUCGAAGAGAUUUAUGAGAUGUUGGGGGAGCUGAUGGAGGAGAUUGGGAGGUCUGAUUAUGUUGCUAUUGUGGAUUUUUCAACUCAUGAUGCGGAUUAUGAAGGGAUCGAUUGCAGAUUAUGAUACUAACAAGAUGUGAUUUUAAAGGCAAUCAGCACUCUCUAGACUUUUGAGGCAGCAUUGGCAAGGUUAGCAUUCAUCUGUUGGUGGAGCACAGACCCAUGCACAGAGGAUUGUAAUAGCUUGGUGUGGAGGUUUUGCCUCUGGCGUGCUUGAUCAGCGAGACGCUUUCGGUUGCCUGCUACCUGAUUAAUGGCAGGUACAAAGAGAACAAGGAGGCACGUAGUCUGACUCUACAGAAACAACUUAGUCGUUAUGCUCCUAUUCAUAUUGAUGCGGAGUUGUCUGGGAUUUCAGAAGCAGACAGGGAAGCAUUGAUCCUUCUCGUUAAAGCUGCAAAGGUUAUUGAUGAGAUCUUCUAUUUGCAGGUCUGGUAUAGCAAUCCAGCAUUGCAGGAUUGGUUGAAGGAGAAUUCGGAUAUGUCUGA